CUCGUUUGAGUCUUGAAAAUGUGUUCCAGCGAUUUUUUUUUCUAUGGUGUUUAUUCUAUGAUUUGAGGUAGACGGAUCAACAUUUAUGGGCUCAGAUCGAGAAUUUUGAAAAUUAGCAGGAUAUAUUGGAUCACACUGUAUAUUAACACUUGCAGAAGCAGGGUAUAAUGUAGUUGCUUUAGAUAAUUUUGCUAAUUCUGUUAACGGUGAACAUGGUGAACCUGUUGCUCUGAAAAGGGUAGAGGAAAUUACCGGGAGAAAUAUUAUCUUUUAUAAAUGUGAUAUGCUUAAUCUAGAUAGCAUAGACGAAAUUUUUUCUAAGCAUUCUAUUAAUGCAGUUAUACAUUUUGCUGCUAUGAAAGCGGUUGGUGAAUCGAUGCAGCUUCCAUUACUUUAUUACAAAAAUAAUAUGAUUGGAAUUAUUAACCUUUUAAUAGCAAUGGAAAAAUAUCACGUUUAUAAUUUAGUAUUUUCUAGCUCGUGUACCGUAUAUGGUGAACCAAGCAAAUUGCCUUUAACUGAAUAUGAUCACACUGGAAAUAUUUCAAACGUAUACGGAAGAACUAAAUAUUUUAUUGAAGAAAUGCUAAAAGAUAUAUCAAAAGCAGAUUUGAAUUGGAAUAUCAUUGCUCUUAGAUAUUUCAAUCCAGUUGGAGCUCAUGUUUCAGGAAAAAUAGGAGAAGAUCCAACAAAAAAAUUUACGAACUUAAUGCCAUAUAUUAGUCAGGUUGCAAUUGGCAAAAAACCAGUUCUUGAAAUAUAUGGCAGUGAUUAUGACACUGUGGACGGAACCGGAGUAAGAGACUACAUCCAUGUAAUGGAUUUGGCAACAGGGCAUAUAGCUGCGUUGAAGAAAAUUAUGUCUGAGCGACUUGGCAUAAAAUUCUAUAAUCUUGGCACUGGCAAGGGAUGGACUGUUUUACAGCUUAUAAGUAUAUUUGAAAAAGUGAAUAAGGUAAAGGUUCCAUUUGUGAUAAAAGCCAGACGUGUUGGAGACAUUUCUUCAAUGUAUGCGGAUGUAAGCCUCGCCGAAACAGACUUAAAGUGGAAAGCCUCAAGAACUAUUGAAGACAUGUGCCGAGAUUUUUGGCGAUGGCAAACCUUAAAUCCAAAUGGUUAUAAAACGAAGUUGUAAUAGGAUAUACAGGGUGACUCAGAAAGAUAUACAACAACAUAUACCAUUGAUUAGAGAAUUAGAAAUGUGUAAAAUAGUUGUUUCGAACUAGUUUCCAACGGUUUUCGAAUUAAUGGGGCUUUAACGAAUUUCCGCGAAAUUUCUACCUGUGUAGGUUUUUUCAAAAUCCGUAUAAAUAAAAAAUAGUGACAUUUUUUUCAGUUUCUGUAUUUUACUAGGGGCUUUAAAAUCUUGGCUUUUAGAAAGUUGGAUUAAAGCUUAAGAAUAUGCUUUAGUGUAAAUAAAAAUUUCACACGAAAUAGUGCAGAUAAAAAAAAACUAAAAAAGUACGAAAUGGAAAAAGUUCGAAGUUUUCUAAAUUUAGAAUGCUUGGUAUUCCAAAGCACAUAAAAUAUAAUAUCAAGUAAUGUGUUGAUUUUAAGCCCUUUACUUGACCUUUCAGAAACUGUUCGUUUGAAGCAGCUAUCUUUUUCGGAACAGUAGUUAUAAAUAAAAAUACGUGGUUAAGUAGAAAUUUCACGAAAAUUCCUUAAAAUAUCUGUAACUUAGAAAUCCUUGAGAUUUGGUACCUUGUCCAGGAAAAAUGUUUAGCCCAUUUUUGAUCUUUUAAUCAGUGGUAUAUUAUGUUGUUCUAUAUCUUUUUGUAUCACCCUGCAUAAGUUUUUUACAUUACUUACUGUAGUACUUUUAAAUAGAAAAACACAAAAAUA